GUUUGGGUCGGGUUAGUUUGAAAUUUUCUUUGGAUCGUCUGAAAAUAGUCUCAGUUUCGGUCAACCCGUUCCUUAUUUUUAGACUUCAAAAAGUUUUAAGAAAAUGGCUUCACUUAAUAAAUGGCAAAAAUUUAUUUAUCAAUUAAAUCAACAACAAAAACGUUUUAAUAUUUUUAAUAAAAAAAUUCAACAAAAUAUUCCUUUUCGAUUUUAUUUUGCGUCUUCUUUUUCUCGUCUACUUCCAAUAAAAUUUAAAUUAUUUUCUUUUAUUUUGUUUACAAGAUUUGCAGUAAUUCAACCAAUAAUGAGAAUAAAUGAUGAUCCAGAUGAAGAACAAAUUAGAAUGUCUAAAAGAUUAAAAAGGUUUAGAAAAUUUGCUUCAAUUGAAUAUGCAGGGGUAUUUUUUAAAUUUAAGUAAUUUUUAGGCAGUUCUGAAGAUGAUUUAUUGAGUUUUUCCAUUUUGAAAGUAAACCCCCUUUUUUUGGAAAACUGUCCGCUAUGGAGAUGG